AUGUCACUAACCGAAGAAUACAACAUAGCUCACAGUCGAGUUGAACUCAAAUUUUCGUGCCAAAAUCUUCCAGACUUGGAUUACCUCUCUAAAACCGACGCACAAAUAUUCCUCGAGCUUUACAAUACAAAGACGAAAUCAUGGGUCGCUCAUCCUUGGCGGUCGGACGUUGUGGUAAAUUCCUUAAAUCCAAAGUUUGUAAAAGGGUUUGAAACAGAUUACUUUUUCGAAGAACUACAAAGAUUAAAAUUUAUUGUAGUAGAUGUGGAUAAACCAAAACAGCCUGAAUGGAAAGCACAAGAAUUUGUCGGAACUUUCGAAUGCGACCUAGGAACUAUUGUCGGAAGUCCUGGUGGUAAGCUUGUCGGUAAACUAAAGGACCCAAAUCAUCCCAACAAGGAUAGAGGCAAGAUAAUCAUUACGGCUGAAGAAUUAAUAGAAAACAAGACAGAGGCAAGGCAUGGAUUCUAG